GCGCCUGCGCAGGCCCUCACUCCACUUCGGCGCCCGCCCGCCGAGCAUGGCCUCCAAGCUGCCUGCGGUUCCGGAGUCGUUGUCGAGCGCGGAAGACCAGACUACUCAGCAGGCCAGGCCCUCGGUCACAUGGAACCUGGGCUUGUCCACGGCUUCUGCGGACGCCGCCCAGGCCUCCACCAGCUCCGGUACCAACCCGGCCUCGGCCUUCUUCCGGCGCAGUAGGGUCGCCAGCCGCCCCGAAGUGAACGUAGGGGCCCGGCCUCAGAUCUGCUUCCUGCGGCCGCGGACCACGCAGCCGCUGGUGUUCUUCAGCUUAAUGAAUUCCAGUGAAGCAGCAAUGAGAAAUUUUCUACCCAAGAGCCACUUAUCUCGGGUGAUUACUCGUGACAACCUCUGUGCACAACGAAUCUAUGAGAUGGAGAUAAGAGCUUCAGACAAGACCAAGAAAAAGAUGAGCCACUUGUAUGACCACCUGAAAAAAAAGUUCAUGACGGACCAGCUCAGAAAGCUGGGGCGCUGGAGACGGGAAUCCAUGAAUGUCCAGCAGUACCUGGAUAGCAUCCGAUUGCAUCCGUUCCAGUUGAAAUUCCAUCCUGAAGAGAAAAUCCGGCCACCCUAGUCAAGGCAGAAUCAUCUUCCCCAGAGCCAUGACGACACUAGGCUGAUGGGAGAAAAAGAGCUAGAAACUAGCUAGCCUACACUGUCAUAGAACAACAAUAAACCCAGACCAGUGGACAGUGGAGCACAAAAACCCUCAGCAAUUGUGCUGUUCCUGGCCCCGCCCCAUCCCCUCUGUUCUGGUGAAGGAGUCCUGGUAGUCCUGUAGCUGCCCAAGGGGAAGAGGCCCAAUCAAGCUGGCUUACACGGUUAAGGCAAAGAUCGACUGUUGGUAUCCACAUGCCUGAGGUCAAGUGCCAGGCCAGGUGUGCUGGGACAUCGGUACCUUAGAUGAGAAGGGCCACUGCUUAGCAUUCCAGUGAUGAGGAAACUGAGGCCCAGAGAGGUGACCUGACUUGCCCAAGGUCACUCAGCAAGUUAGUGGCAAAGAACUAGAAGCAGGUUUCCUGACUGCCGUGGAGUGGUCAUUCUGCAUCACCACAGCUGCUGGAGAGCCUAAACUAUGUCGCCACUUGCAGCGAAGUGCCCUGGCAGUGAACCAGAGGCCAGCUGGCCUAGGAAGUGGAGGCAGCUGUGGUUUCGGGCCACUGAGCCAGAUUGCCACGGGAAGCACCCACAGACAGGUAAUGGCUGCCAUGGGGGACGGUGGGCCUCUUCCCCAGCUUUUAGUGUCAUCCGGCCGGGCCGGAACCCUGUGCUUCGGGAGCAUUUGGUGAUCUGUAAGCACAGCACCUGCACCCCCCACCCCCGCUUUCCUGGGUUUCGGGGAGCGAACCCACCCCGGAUGGGGGAGCGCCGGCGCACGACCCCGCCCGCAGAGCUGCGCUGGGAGCCACCGGGCUCCGCAUUCAUCAUUGUUCCUCCAGCGCCUGGCACGGGUUGGGGCACAGGCAGGGAUGGUGGCCUGAAGCGCGCCGUCCCUUCCGCGUCGCCCUCCUGCCAAGCUCUCACCCCCAGGUGUUUCCACGGCGCUUUCAAGGGCCAGACCCUGACCGGGGCGCUGGCGACGCGAGAGGGACAGAAGUCCAAGCCCUGCCUGCUGCGCGCUGGGCGGGCAACAGCCAGCGGGCGCAGGAGGCACCGGGCGGCGGAGGGACCUGCGCGCGCCCCCGCCUCGCGCCGCGCGCCCCUGACGGCGCCCCCGGCCCCGCCCCCGGCCUCCGCCUCCCGCUUCCCCCCUCCCCUCGACGCGGCCGCGCUCCGGUCGGCCGGCUCUAUGGGGAAAGCGGCCGCUCUGUGCAGAGGCGGCGGCUUCGGUGGCCGCUCCCGUGGGCUCUCGUCGCUGUUCACGGUUGUCCCCUGCCUGUCCUGCCACACGGCGGCGCCGAGCAUGAGCGCUUCCACACCCGGCUCCGAGCCGGAGCCCAAGCCUCAGCCCCAGCCAGUGCCCGAGCCUGUGCCUCAGCCGGUGUCAGAACAGGUGUCACAGCCAGCUUCUGAGCCGGUGCCAAGAUCGGAGCCUGAGUCCGAGAAGACGUCUGAGCCAACGCCAGGGUCCAAAGAGGAAUCGGAACCGCUGCAGGGGGUUGGGGACGGGGUCAGGGCCACGGCAAGAGUUGCGCUCAAGUGUAGGUGCUGGGCCACUCACAAAGGGCUCAUCCGAGCAGCUACCAGCGCUGGAGCCAACAGUGGGGCGCGUGUCCUUGACCAAAUCUGAGCCAAAGCCUCUGCCUCUUCUGCGACCGGGACACGUGAGGACGUCUCUUGGGUCUCCAAUGUCAGGGGCUGCUAGGACCUCCACUGCCCCCACGGUCGAACUGCCUCUGGACAGCUUGAAGGGCUGGCUCCUCAAGUGGACCAACUACCUGAAGGGCUACCAGCGCCGCUGGUUCGUGCUCAGCAAUGGCCUGCUGUCUUAUUACAGAAAUCAGGAUGAAAUGGCCCACACCUGCCGUGGCACCAUCAACCUGUGCACCGCGCACUUUGACAAGGAGGACUCUUGCGGUAUCAUGCUGACCAAUGGGGCAAGGACCUACCACCUCAAGGCCAGCUCAGAGGUGGAGCGGCAGCACUGGAUCACCACUCUGGAGCUGGCCAAGGCCAAGGCUGUUCACCUGAUGAGCAGCCACUCAGCUGCAGUAUUGUUCACUGAAGAAGCUGAGGUUAUAAACCUUCCUACAAAUGCUUCCUGCAGACAUCUACUUGCAAGCCCGUGGGUAAAAAGUUUGCAUUUAUAUUUUUUAAUGAAUAAUCUCUUUUGGGUUUAAUUAGUCAUUGUGUCUAUGCAUGAAUCAUUCAUAAUCUGGGUUUGCCACCAACACAUGGCAGUUAAAGUAAGAUGAAUCGAAACUGAAUUUUCAAGCAAAAUGUAAAAUACUCUUUGGCCAAUUAUCAUUGGUUGACAAUGUGUUUUAUAGAGAUAAACAUUGAUUGGCAGCUGUUAUAAGUUUUGGUUUGUCUUCUCGUCUGUUGGGGAGAAAAUGAACAAUAUGAAAAGCACAAGUCUCAGGUAUCUAUUACACGAGCACCGUGAGGACCCAGAGUCUCUAACAUUCCCCAGCCCGCCUGACAUCAGAGAGGUGCUCUGAGCUCCUGAAAGUAACAUUAAUAAUCGCUGCCAUGUGUGCCUGCUGUGUGCCUGGCAUUUGUACGUGCUUGGUGUGUGAGCCUCCAAGUAACUUGCCCACAGUCCCUGAGGUAGUAAGUGGCAGAGCCUAGCUUUGAACCGAGGUCUACCUGACUUCAGGUUCUCUGCCCCAUCCUGUCUACCACAUUGUCUGAAAACUGAAGGUAAGAGUGAUUAAGGUUGUAUUUCAACUAAAAAGUUGAUCUAAAAGUGAUUUAGAUUGUACAUCAAUGUUCAUAGAAGCAUUAUUCACAAUAGGCAAAAGAUGGAAGCAGUCCUAGCGUCCACCAAUGAUGAAGGGAUGAACAAAAUUUGGCAUAGCCAUACAAUGGAAUGUUAUUAGCCACAAAAAGGAAGGAAAUUCCAACACAUGUGACAAUAUCGAUGUUCCUUCUCUCUCAUUUUUUUUAUUAUUAAUCAUUUUUUUAAUUAUUUCAUUCUCUCUAUUCAUUCUUGUUUGUACUUUCACUCUUUUAAGAAAAGAGAUUAUGAUAUGAAUCUUUGAUAUAUUAUAGUCUAAUUUAAAUUAGUACUUUUGCCACUUCCCAAACAAUUUAAGAACCUCACAUGUUAAAUUCCAUUUAUCCCUUCUCACUCUUCAUAUUACUGUUAUAUAUUUUACUCAUAUGUUAUAAAUGCCACAAAGCAUUAUGAUUGUUGUUGUUUUAAACAAUAUUUAUCUACAUUUUAAAAAAACAAUUUUGAUGUUCUUAUCCCUUUCUGCAUUUCUUUGCUUCCGUCUAGGACCAUUUUCCUUCAGUCUAAAGAACUCUUUUAGUAUUUCUUGUGAUGCAUGUUGGCUGGCAGUGAAUCCUUUACUUUUUGUUUUCUAUUUUGCCUGAAAACAUCUUUAUUUCGCCUUAAUUUUUGAAGGAUCUUUUCACUGGGAAUAGAAUUCUAAAUUAGCAGAGCUUCCUUCCUCCUUCCUUUCCUCCCUCAACCCCUCCUUCCCUCCUUUUUUAAGCUUCAAAGAUCCUGUCGUCUUCCCUCUUCUGUAUUUUAUAUCAAAAAGACAACAGUCUUAUUGCUUCUUUGAAAAUAAUGCACCUUUUUUAUUUUCUCCAGCCUCUUUUAAGGUUUCUUUCCUCUAUAUUUGGUUUUUUAGGACUGACUGUAAUGUGCUUAGGUAAGGUUUGAUCUAUAAUUCUCCUUCUUGAGGCCCACUGAACUUGUUGAAUCUGUGGGCCAAUGUCUUUCAUCAGAUCUGGGAAAAUUCAUGGCCAUUAUUUCUUCCAUGACUGCCUCUAACCUAUAUUCUCUCUUCUCUCUUCCUCUUGUGGGACUCGAAUUAUGUGUAUGUCAGACCUUUGGACUAUCUCCCACAUGUCUUUUAUGCUCUGUUCUGUCUUUUCCAUCUUUUUAUCUCUGGAUAUUUUCGAUUAACCAGGCUUUGACUUCAGUAAUCCUGCUUUCUGCUUCACCCAUUCUGCUGUGAAACCUAUUCAGUGAAUUCAAUCUCAGAUACUAUAUUUUUAAAUCCUAGAAUGUCCAUUUGAUUAUUUUUAUAGAUUUCCAGUACUGUUGAAAUGUUCCAUCCAUAUAUCCAUUUUGUCCCUUUUAUCCUUUCUUUUUUUUAACUUAUUAAUCAUAGUUAUUUUGAAGUAAAGCUUCUCUCCAAUCAAGCUGCUUAGGACACACUAGAUAUGCCAAAUGGCUCUUCUCACUGGCUCUUGACAUUUCAGCCAUCUGUAUUUUUGAAAAUUUACAUUUGUCUUCUGCAGUGUUUUCUUUGGUUUCCCUAACCGCCCCUGGGCUUCAUGUGGGGAGAACAUUAAGUCUUUGAGAACUUCCUAGGAGCUGUGAGGAUACAAGGCCCCAGAUGUCUGGAGAUGUGGCUGCUUGGCAACUGCAGAGGGAAAUGCUGAUCUCCUGGGCUUGGGUCACCCUAACUGAGAGCCCCUUGGUCAGUUAGGGUGACAAGGAUAGUAUUUGAGGUUGAACUUUUUUGUUUUCCUAUUUUUACUCCUUGUAUAUCACAAGUUUUUAAACACUGUAAACAUAUUUACAAGGGAAAUGACUUAUAUUAAGCUCAAUUAACUACCUAAUAUUUUUUAAAUUCUUUCA